GUCCCCGUCUGUCUAACAUCUCUGAUUCUCUGCUGCACCUGAGCAGCCCUGCAUACUUGCGCGGAGGGGAAAGGUCGGCCAGGGAAUCACCAACCAAACCAACGCAACCUCUGACCUCUUGCUUCGGGAAACCAUGGCGUCGCGGCUGUUGCUCGGGAGGAUCCAGUCGGCUGGCCGUCUCUCCGGCGGCCAUGGCCGGCGCCAGCUGCUCGGCUUCAGCGACGGUCCUCGAUCGGUCAGCAGCAGCGCGUACGGGCAAAUCAAGACGGACGCCAGGAUCACGGACCACGAGCCACAUCUCGACAGGUUUUCAGACCCCCAGGUUGCUCAUGAAGACCGCCAGUUCAUUCAGUUCUUGGACAGGAUGCUGGAUGCAAUAAGGAAUCCUCAGAGUCUUGCACAAAUACGAAGUGGAAGGACUGCAAAUGGCCUGAAAGUUUUGGAUGAUGACAUAUGAUGCAUGUUCUCUUUGCGGAAAACACAAGAGUUAAAGAAAUGUGACAGUUUGUUUUGUAUAAAGUGACCAUGAUGUGUACUGCGAAUAUCAAUGCACAACUUGAGUGUGUAAGACUGCUAUAGUUUAGGUUCACUCAUAUUAUGGGUGAGAGCAUUGGCUAAUAUCAAAUAUAUAUGUACUUGAAGUAAUUUCAUUUCUCUGAACUCUGGAGUACUUUUGGAUAUCAGAUUGCAGAUAAUCUAAAAAUA